CGAUGACAUAUUUAUAACUAACGCUAUGCCAGUUUCAUGCUACGCUACUUGUUUCUUGCCAUCGAUUCUAUUAAUAUACGGUUAUUUUCACACCAGAUCCAUAAUACAUAUCGAAAGGAAUGGUUGCCAAGUUCUUUAAUCAUCCCAGAAACGAAAAAGGACAAAAAGUCGUUACGAUAAACGUAACAGAAUGUGGACGACUAAUUGUUGAUGCGACUAAAACUUUGUUGUUGGCCAGCUUAAAAUCUUCAGAAUGUUGGCGGGAAUGAUCGAGGGUCGGUAUGACCAAUCAUCCUCUGUUGACCAGUUACUGCUGGCAGCGACUUUGCCCGACACCUCACAGUUAUGUACAUUGCUGAACGCUGGGACAGACGUUAAUGCCCAGAACGAGGUUGGGCAGACCGCACUCUUGUCUGCAUCCCUUGCCAACAAUGUAGAUUCGUGCCGUCUGCUCCUUGAGAAAGGUUCGGACAUCAGACAUCGCGAUGUCGGUGGGUAUAGCGCACUGCAUCUGACUCAAUCGGCUGAAGUAGGUGAGCUGAUUUUAUGUCAGGCAAGUUUUCAAGACGGAAAUGACGACAUAGUCAAUAUGCGAACUAAAGAAGGAAGGACGCCAUUGCAUGAAGCUGUUUUGCAUGGACCGUUAGACCGCGUGAAUAGUUUACUUAAGCGAAACUCCUUGAUAAAUACUGAAGACGAAGACCGCACCACUCCUUUACAUUAUGCGUGUAGUGUUUGGGAUAAAUCUGAGGAACCGUUUCAGAUUAUUGAAAGAUUACUACAAGCCGGAGCUGACGUAAACAGACAAACUGCCUUCCUGAAAACACCGCUGUUACUAGCAUGCGCACAGCAAUGUCUUGGUGUAGGCGAACCUGGUGUAAAUAUACUACUAAAUCAUGGGGCGGACCCAAGUAUCACUGACAUCGAUGGCAACACAGCAUUACACGCCCUCCUACAGGGAGAUGAGCUGGGGUUAGGUACAACACCACCGGAAGUUGUUGACAGACUUGUCAAAAUUGCUCCUGAAAUCCUGACCAGUUGUAACAAAUACGGCGAACAUCCUAUCCAUUUAGCGUGUCGUAGAUGUGUGGAUGGUGACGAGUACCUAGUGCGUCAUAUGAUCAACCUGGGGGCUGAUGUACACGCCCGUGAUUCUAUGGGUAGGAACCUGCUACACUUGUGUUGUAUGUAUGGAAAAGAGGAAGAGGACGUCAUCAUGUCGAAAUACCCUGUUCUUGCAAAUGAAGUAGAUUGUCUGGGCAGAACUGUUUUACAUUACAACGCCCUACUCAAAAAGGAGGUUUCGCAAAUCGAAAAUAUUCUCAAACUGGAGACCUUCAAUAAACUUAGUGCAACGGACACAUUUGGGUUUACAGCUUUCGACUAUGCAGUGAAUAAAGGUCACGUGGAGGCGAUUGAAUUAUUCAAAACAUACAGCGAUACCACAACACUGCCAGCUGCUGAUGGUGCUGCAGAUAGUCAUGUUGUCGGCAAUGAAGAAACACUCGAUCGUUUGCUUUCCCCAAUUGUUGUGGAAACGUUUGAUUAUGUGCUUCCCGAAACGUUACGACCAAUACAAGACGCAGAUGUGUUUUUGAUGGAUAUUUGGGAUGCUGGGUCUUCACCAACAAAGAAUGCCAAACUUUUCAGUGAGUCAAAAGCUGUUGUGGAAACGUUUAUGAACAAAGUAGUAAGUUUGAUGAGAGAAAAGGAUGACAGGUUUUCUGGGACCUUGAUUGGGAAUGGCAGUUCGUAUGAAGGAACCAAGAUUGGGAAUGCUGAUGAGUACGACUUCCUCUUACAGCUCGAUGAUCUCAGCACUAUUUGCCGACCCAUUGAGACAGGAAGUGACCCACCCGGAUACGCCAAGGUAGCGCGUAUUCCCCGCGCAGAUCUAGGCAAAUAUGAGGACCUUUUUGACUCCGAGGGAGUUAUAAAAUGCGAAAAGAUCAUGUCCCGCUUCAGCCAGAUACUUGUGGAAAUCAUGCACGAUCCGCGUAUCUGGGAAUCUAGUGGACUUGAUUACUUACCUCUUUAUAUAAAAUGGAAGGGUCGCCCUGCAUUAACGAUCUCGUGUACACAGCGACGUCCUGGUAAGGUAACAAUGUUGUCUAUUGAUUUCCUCCCGGCGUUGUAUUUCAAGAACUGGCGGCCUUGUUGGAUGCGAGACGACAUGGAGCGUCAAGAUAACGACGUGAGAAAUAUAGGGUGUCACAUGAUCAUCAAACCAGCGGACGUGCCGUAUUAUCAGCAUGCGCAGUUUGGAAUGCCGCGUCACUUCCUUCGCAUUACGUUUUCGAGGGCUGAAACAGUGCUCUUCAAUUCCGUCCCCGAUUACAUCAGAAAGAGCUAUAUGAUUGCAAAACAUCUUGUCAAAAGAAACGCGCGCAUUCCUCUCCAUAUAUUGUUCGACAUCGGCGAUCUACACAAGAGCAAGACAACAAUUAUUGGUAAACACAAUAUCAAUUCUUAUUUUGUAAAACAAUGCUUGUUGAAAAAGGUAAUGGAUGACUACCCUGUGUCUCUGCCAUGCUCAGAAGAAGAAGAACGAUCUCUGACUACGAGAUGGGUUCGAACGAUUUUCAAAACUAUCCACAUGUCGUACGAAAAUGGGAAUCUCCCAAGUGCUUUCAUGCCGAGUCAAAAUCUAUUGCACACCUAUAAACCUGACCCUAGCACUAACAGGAUUCGUCACAUCCUGUUUCAGUUAGUCAACCAUAGCAUUGUCAAGGAAAGUGUUCCUACGACAAUCACCCGUGGAGAGUACACUCAACGAGAACCUGGAAACAGGGAGAUGAAGAUGGAUGGCAAAAUGAAGCUGCUCAAACGGCUGUUAUAUGGACCGCAGGAACGUGUGUAGUGAAAAAUAAUAGGUACAGUAGGAACGCGUCUGGUAAAAAAUGCUAGGUACAGUAGGAACGCGUCUGGUAAAAAAUACUAGGUACAGUAGGAACGCGUCUGGUAAAAAAUACUAGGUACAGUAGGAACGCGUCUGGAGACAAAUACUAGGUACAGUAGGAACGUGUCUGGUAAAAAAUACUAGGUACAGUAGGAACGCGUCUGGUAAAAAAUACUAGGUACAGUAGGAACGCGUCUGGAGACAAAUACUAGGUACAGUAGGAACGUGUCUGGUAAAAAAUCCUAGGUACAGUAGGAACGCGUCUGGUAAAAAAAACUAGGUACAGUAGGAACGCGUCUGGAGACAAAUACUAGGUACAGUAGGAACGUGUCUGGAGUUAAUACUAGGUACAGUAGGAACGUGUCUGGUAAAAAAUACUAGGUACAGUAGGAACGCGUCUGGAGACAAAUACUAGGUACAGUAGGAACGUGUCUGGAGACAAAUACUAGGUACAGUAGGAACGUGUCUGGAGACAAAUACUAGGUACAGUAGGAACGUGUCUGGUAAAAAAAUCCUAGGUACAGUAGGAACGCGUCUGGUAAAAAAUACUAGGUACAGUAGGAACGCGUCUGGAGACAAAUACUAGGUACAGUAGGAACGUGUCUGGAGACAAAUACUAGGUACAGUAGGAACAGGUCUGGAGACAAAUACUAGGUACAGUAGGAACGUGUCUGGUAAAAAAAUCCUAGGUACAGUAGGAACGCGUCUGGUAAAAAAUACUAGGUACAGUAGGAACGCGUCUGGAGACAAAUACUAGGUACAGUAGGAACGUGUCUGGAGACAAAUACUAGGUACAGUAGGAACAGGUCUGGAGCCAAAUACUAGGUACAGUAGGAACAGGUCUGGAGACGAAUACUAGGUACAGUAGGAACGCGUCUGGUAAAAAAUACUAGGUACAGUAGGAACGCGUCUGGUAAAAAAUACUAGGUACAGUAGGAACGCGUCUGGUAAAAAAUACUAGGUACAGUAGGAACGUGUCUGGUAAAAAAUACUAGGUACAGUAGGAACGUGUCUGGUAAAAAAUACUAGGUACAGUAGGAACGCGUCUGGAGACAAAUACUAGGUACAGUAGGAACGUGUCUGGAGUUAAUACUAGGUACAGUAGGAACGCGUCUGGUAAAAAAUACUAGGUACAGUAGGAACGCGUCUGGUAAAAAAUACUAGGUACAGUAGGAACGUGUAUGGUAAAAAAUACUAGGUACAGUAGGAACGCGUCUGGAGUUAAUACUAGGUACAGUAGGAACGCGUCUGGUAAAAAAUACUAGGUACAGUAGGAACGUGUCUGGUAAAAAAUCCUAGGUACAGUAGGAACAGGUCUGGUAAAAAAUACUAGGUACAGUAGGAACGCGUCUGGAGACAAAUACUAGGUACAGUAGGAACGUGUCUGGAGUUAAUACUAGGUACAGUAGGAACGCGUCUGAUAAAAAAUACUAGGUACAGUAGGAACGCGUCUGGUAAAAAAUACUAGGUACAGUAGGAACGUGACUGGAGACAAAUACUAGGUACAGUAGGAACAGGUCUGGUAAAAAAUACUAGGUACAGUAGGAACGUGUCUGGUAAAAAUCCUAGGUACAGUAGGAACGCGUCUGGAGACAAAUACUAGGUACAGUAGGAACGCGUCUGGAGACAAAUACUUAGUACUAGGUACAGUAGGAACAGGUCUGGUAAAAAAUCCUAGGUACCAUAGGAAGGCGUGUGCGCGGCAAUAGAUACAGUUAGUGUAAGCCAAGCAAAUGAUAUACCACUGCACCAUACAGCUCUAAUGGUACGAAACAAAAGUGUUGAUAUCCGGAGAGGAAGUAAGAAAAAUAGAAAUUAGCCGACACAAAUGUUAUACGAUUGCGGAAGUAACCAAACCGUAAACGCAUAGUCUGGAAAGUGAUAAAUGAUUUCGCAGGAUCAAACUUAAACUAAUUACUUGAUACAAAAGUUAACAUGAAGAGACAUGCAAGAUAAAUCCUACAGUUCGUGGAUGACUGAGUAGUUUAUUGUACAGUUCGUGGAUGACUGAGCAGUUUAUUGUACAGUUCGUGUAUGACUGAGCAGACGUAUAUGACUGAGUAGUUUAUUGUACAGUUCGUGGAUGACUGAGUAGUUUAUUGUACAGUUCGUGGAUGACUGAGCAGUUUAUUGUACAGUUCGUGGAUGACUGAGCAGUUUAUUGUACAGUUCGUGGAUGACUGAUAUUGUACAGUUCGUGGAUGACUGUGGAUGACUGAGUAGUUUAUUGUACAGUUCGUGUAUGACUGAGUAGUUUAUUGUACAGUUCGUGGAUGACUGAGCAGUUUAUUGUAUAGUUCGUGGAUGACUGAGUAGUUUAUUGUACAGUUCGUGGAUGACUGAAUAGUUUAUUGUACAGUUCGUGUAUGACUGAGUAGUUUAUUGUACAGUUCGUGGAUGACUGAGUAGUUUAUUGUACAGUUCGUGGAUGACUGAGUAGUUUAUUGUACAGUUCGUGGAUGACAGUAGUUUAUUGUAUAGUUCGUGUAUGACUGAUUGUACAGUUCGUGGAUGACUGAUUGUACAGUUCGUGGAUGACUGAGUAGUUUAUUGUACAGUUCGUGUAUGACUGAGUAGUUUAUUGUAUAGUUCGUGGAUGACUGAGUAGUUUAUUGUACAGUUCGUGGAUGGCUGAGCAGUUUAUUGUAUCGUUCAUUGAUGACUGAACAGUUUAUUGUAUAGUUCAUGGAUGACUGAACAGUUUAUUGUAUAGUUCAUGGAUGACUGAACAGUUUAUUGUAUAGUUCAUGGAUGACUGAGCAGUUUAUUGUACAGUUCGUGGAUGACUGAACAGUUUAUUGUACAGUUCGUGGAUGACUGAAGGAUCAAUAAAAGACACACAAGUUGAGACAGAAAUUACGCAAUAGAUACACGACGUGAUUAAGAAUACUAAUUAUAAAGUUUCCUCAUUCAACUGUUUGGUUGUAUGAUUUGUCAGUGAUGUCAGGGCGAAACGUACGGAAGUCCAGAGGAGGGAAGACGGAGAAAUUAGCAGGGGCGCAUUGAUUAAUUCCAUAGUUUGAUAAAAUUAGUAAAUUUGGGUAUUGUAUGAUAUAAAAAUGAAAAGAACAGAAGAUACCUAAUGUAUGCAUUCUGAACCGGUGCCACUACUUUUCUGGUGUGAAGGGUCCGAAACAAGGAAAAUGUACAUUGCAAGUAAGUUUUUGCAGUAACAUGUUGAAUUGACGGAUCUUGAAAAGCAUUGACGAUAUAAAGUUUCGGAUAGCUUCAUCCGGAUUGUAUUCAUUGAUUAAUUCUCUGAGAAAAAAAUAGUGGAGAGAAAGCUAGAUGUGAAUGGAAUAAUGAAGUCGCAGACUUCAUGAGCUGUUUCAUGAAUUAAAAAUUCUCCAACCCCAGAUGAUAGAAAUGAAAACUAGCUAUAUUAAAAUUGUUGUUUUUUAGUUUGCUGCAACCACUUCCUUAAAUUAAUUUUUUUUUAAAUAUCAAGAACGUACCGAGUUAUAGACUUAAAUAUGGUGUCGUCUCCAAUUAGCACAUGACGUUACUCCUAGUAGCACACCUUUCCAUGACGUUAUCUAGUAGCACACCUUUAUAUGACGUUAUCUAGUAGCACACCUUUCCAUGACGUUAUCUAGUAGCACAUCUUUCCAUGACGUUAUCUAGUAGCACAUCUUUCCAUGACGUUAUCUAGUAGCACAUCUUUCCAUGACGUUAUCUAGUAGCACACCUUUUCAUGACGUUAUCUAGUAGCACAUCUUUUCAUGACGUUAUUUCUUGUAACACACCUUUCCAUUACAUUAUUUCUUGUAGCACACCUUUCCAUUACGUUAUUUCUUGUAGCACACCUUUCCGUGACGUUAUUCCUAGUAGCACACCAAUCAAUGAUUUUAUUCCUAGUAGCAUACUUAUCAAUGACGUUAUUUCUAGUAACACACCUGCCCAUGACGUUAUUUUUAGUAGCACACCUUUCCAUGACGUUAUUCCUUUUAGCAUCCCUUUCCAUGACGUUAUUUUUAGUAGCAUACCUUUCCAUGACCAUAUUCUUUGUAUCACACCUUUCCAUGACGUUACUCCUAUUUGGACACCUUUCCAUAACUUUACUCCUAGUAGCACACCUUUCCAUGACGUUAUUCCUACUAGCAACACUUUUCCAUGAUGUUUUCUAGUAGCACAUCUUUCCGUGACGUUAUUCCUAGUAGCACACCUGUCCAAGCAGUGCGUCUUCACACGUUUCAUUGGCAUUAUUUCCAGUCAAUCGAAACUCCUUCGGGACCUUUCUUUGUCUUUGGUAAGACAUGGAGAUGGUCACGUAAUGUUAGCUUGUUUUGAACCAGCUAUUUAUUCCGAGUCGCCUUCCGGUAUCAAAGACGAAGCGCAACGGUUCAUGUUGUGUAUAGCUAGAAACAUUGACAUUUUCAGUAUUGUAACAGGAGAGGACAAAAUUAACGACCAGACCCGGACUUCCAAACUCUAGACGGACGCUCAAACCAUUUGAACUACACCUACGCUCAGCACAGGCUAGUCGCGAAGUAUUAUUUCAAUCAGGUAAAAGUUAUAUUUAUACAGAUCCGGAUAAGAGAACUCAUCAACGUGACUCAUCAACCCAUGUGCUUGAUAUGACUCGACUACAGACUGUUUACUCGAUAUGACUCGACUACAGACUUUACUCGAUAUGACUCGACUACAGACUGUUUACUCGAUAUGACUCGACUACAGACUGUUUACUCGAUAUGACUCGACUACAGACUGUUUACUCGAUAAGACUCGACUACAGACUGGUUAAUCGAUAUGACUCGACUACAGACUGUUUACUCGAUAUGACUCGACUACAGACUGUUUACUCGAUGUGACUCGACUACAGACUGUUUACUCGAUAUGACUCAUUUACAUACUGUUUACUCGAUAUGACUCGACUACAGACUGUUUACUCGAUAUGACUCGACUACAGACUUUACUCGAUAUGACUCGACUACAGAUUGUUUACUCGAUAUGACUCGACUACAGACUGUUUACUCGAUAUGACUCGACUACAGACUGUUUACUCGAUAUAUGACUCGACUACAGACUGUUUACUCGAUAUGACUCGACUAGACUGUUUACUCGAUGUGACUCAUUUACAGACUGUUUACUCGAUAUUUUUGUUUCCUUUUGUUUUGAUAUCGACGUCAUUUGAUGGGAGUAUUGUGUUAUGACGUCAUCCAUCCAGUGUAAACCUUUGUUUGUCAUGAGAUCUCCUACAUUUUUCAAUCGAUUUUUUGAGACUCAGGAGGCGUUAUAAUCAUGCCUAUUUGUGUUUCCCUUAGAAGCAUUUUGAUUCGACUAUUUUUAUAGUGAAUUACAUUAUAUGGACUUGACUGGUAUAUAUUGUUCAGCACCGCUUGAUAUUUUUGUUCAAUGAACUCAAUUCAAAUUUA